AUGGGCAUCUUUGACACGUAUUGUGCCAUCUGCGGCUGCUCUCUGGAGGGGGCUACCAUAGGCUCCAACACCCCCUCGGCUUUAAUCUGGCGGCACGCCAGAGUUGCCCGGAAACGCCAAGAACGUGGGUCCGGCGAGUUUGGUCCGGAGACCUACAGUGAUGAAGAAGAGGUGGAGGAAUAUGGGGACGAUGCAGUGGACGAGGUGUGGUAUCCGGAGGACGAGGGCCGCAGCUACGACCCGACACUCGUCACCUUGGAAAGCAUCAGAUGGCUCGAAGAAGGUUACUGUCUGGCGGUCAACCCACAAGCGCCCGGUGGCCCUGCACAUCUGUCCUGCGCAAUGUCUGAGCUUGUCAUGCACUACCGCUCAUCCCUGGAACUCGACUACGGUGAGAUUAGUGGCAACGAGCAAACCUGGGAGUCGAUUGCCGGGGAAGAGGUGAGCCCACCCGGACAGAAAUCCCCCGGGGUUUUCCUCGCAAAGGUUUCUAUAACUGACCGCCCGUUACGAAAGUUCUCCGUAACGAGCCCUAGCACAACGCCCGAGAUUACCAACUUACUAGCACGCUGCCUGGCCGAUGACCGGUUCCAGAUGCGGCCUGAUGCUCUCAAAAUCGAUCGUAAAAUACGAGUGCAAGACCCGUUCGCGGUGCUGCCGGCCGAGAUACUGCACAAUAUAGUCCGCUUCCUAUCCGGAGACGCCUUGAUUUCCCUGCGAAGGGCGUCCUGGGCGGUUUUCUGCAUGACCCGUCACAACUCGUUCUGGAAGCGGUUCCUCAAGCACGAGAUGGCUUGGCUGACCGAACUGCGCCUCCUUGAUGAUCCGCGACCUGACCCCGAGCCGAGCUACAGAGCCCUAUACCUGUGGCUGGACAAGGCAACAGCUCCGAGGUACGGUGUGGAGGGCCCCUUCAUGGCUCUUGCAAAUAGAAGACGCAUCUGGAGUGUUUGCGAGCAGCUUGCCCCUCAUUACUUCCGCCAGCUCCAAGUUCCACGACAACAGCCCGAUUAUCAUAUGCUUCAAGAGGCCACCUGCCGCCAUCUUGCAAUGAUAUCUGGCCUCAGCCAAUCGCAGAGUCAGUCGUGGGAUGCCCAAAGAACUCUAUUUGCGUACUCACAGGACGAGAUGAAGAACAAAUUGUUUUUCUUCAGUGCAUACUGGGCGGAAGGCUAUCGUUUGGUUGGGUUAUCUGUCGUAGUCCGGAAGCAGAAGCGCACGUUUGGUCUCACUGACGACAACAUGCCCCAUCUCACUAGGACGACCAUGGGUCUCGCCGUGGGUGAGUUUAUCACGGCCAUCGUCUUGACCGUUGAAACGACGGACCCAAACGAACCCGCAACCGCUUCGCCCUACGUCGUCAGAAUGAAGGUGCGUGGACGUCUUCACCCCGAGCCUGCUAAAUCUUCCGACAAUGAGGUUUCGUCACUCCGGCUAUUCCCUUCCAUUCAUUAA